CGGUUCUGUGCAGAAAGUUAUGAAAAAAACCCUUCUUCCUUCUAUAAAAUCUCGUCGUCCACUUUGGUUUAAGUUUGCUAGAGACUAGAGAAAUAUAAAGAAUAUCCAAACACAAAGAAAAAAAAGUGAGAAACUUUAGAAAAGCUAAUGGAACCGAUCGAGUACAAUGUUUUUGAGUCCUCUAAAUGUAACUCCCACGACGACGACCAUGGAUGGAAGAAAGUCGUGUCCCGGAAGCGCAACCUGAAGCAAAAACCAGCGGAUGAAGAGGCCAAUGGAAACCAACCUACCGGCGAGAACGUCAAUGUGGAGGCGAUGAAUGAGAAUCAGAAGGCAAAGAAAACUAAAAAGUCAAAACCCAAGAAAGAGAUGAAGCCUAUAGUGCCUUUUUCCGAAGCUGCGGCAAAGAUCGAUCCUUCACAUCUUGCGGCUUACCUCGUCGAAAUAUCGAAAACAUAUGCGUAUGAGCCGGAGGUUUAACUAUUGAGAUUUAUCUAUUACUUUGAGAGAGAGACUUCCGGAGUGCAAUUUCCAUGGUCAAAGAUUCUCAAAGAGUCUCCUUUGCGCAAGCUGAUCGAUUUAAUACCUUUAUCUCAUAUUCCUGAACUUGUCUACAAAACAUCAGUCGAUGAUUGGAUCGACCAACAUCCAAUUAUGACACUAUGUGGCUUCGUAUUGUUUUCGUGUAAUCCUAUUUUCACUAAAUUGGCAGCACAACAAGGAGGUUCCAAAGGUGGAGAGGAUCCGUUGGCAACAUUUAUUGCAUUAGGAAUGGUACUACGUAGCAGACCUAAUGCUUUGGCUAUUGUAUUACCGACACUGAGGGAGAAACGUAAGUAUCAAGGACACAACAACCUUCCGCUUAUAGUUUGGGUGACGGCUCAGGCCUCCCAAGGUGAUUUAUAUGUAGGCUUGUAUUCAUGGGCGCGUAACUUGUUACCACUAGUCGGAAGGAACCCUCAGUCAAGGGAUCUCAUCCUACAGUUGGUUGAGGAAAUUUUGUCGAAUCCAAAGGCUCGGACUAUUCUUGUAAAUUGCGCUGUUAGGGAGAAAGAGCAACUAAUUCCACCACCUUCAUUUAAGAUCUUGUUGCGGCUUACUUUCCCUACUUCAUCCGCAAGAGUAAAGGCUACCGAGAGGUUUGAGGCAAUUUAUCCCUUAUUGAAAGAAGUGGUUCUUGCAGGAAGCAAGACAAUGAAACAAGUCACUCAACAAAUAUUCACUUUUUUUUUUAAAUUAGCUAGAGAAGAAAAUCAUGUUUUAGCCAUGGAAGCUACAGAAAUCGCUAUUUGGUCUGUGACCGAAAACUUUGAUCAUUGCUUCGAGCAUUGGGACAAUCUCUAUGAAGAGAAUCUAGAAGCUAGUGUUGCUCUUCUUAAAAAUCUUGUAGACGAAUGGAAAGAUCAUUCCCAAAAACUAUAGUGUGAUACUUUUACUCUCAAUCAAACUAUGAAGAGUUUCAUACUAAAGAACGAAAAAGUCAUCACUGAAGGAGGAGCCAAUGCUUCUCUUUACAAAGAAGCUAACAAAUAUUGCAAAGUGAUCUUGGGGAGACUCUCUCAUGGAAGUGGCUGCCUCAAAGCUACCAUUACUGUUGUGGUUCUAGCUACUGUUGGUAGUGCGGAGGACGAUGUUCUGGAAGAUGUGUCUGUUAAAACAGUCGUGGAUUUGGCGAAGGAUAUUGUCGAUGUUGAGAAGGAUAUUGGUAUUGCUGGUGUCAAUACGUUACCUAAUAAUAUUAGGAAAUUACGCUCCAGGAAAAUUGACACAGCGAAAAUCGCAGCGGGAAAGAAGAAUACCGGUAAGGAUAAGCCCGUCAAAGAUAAGGCCCCCAAAGAUCAGGCAGCAGUCGGACGUAGAAGAGGUAGGAAGCCUUCUUCUACAACGGUUAAAAAGGUGGUACGAAAACUAGCUACUGCUCCGGUGGAGGGAGGAGCUGCUCUUGAUGAGAAUAAAGAGGCUGCUGAUUUCCCCGACAAAGAUGAGGAAGUUUGUGUGAUGCGUCUGGAUUGA